AUGUUGGAUGAUGUUGAAUAUGUGGAGCGACGACUACGAGAACAACAAAAUCUGAAAAAAUGGGACACUAUCAGCCCUGAGACUGAUACAAUUUUAGGUAGUGGUUUAGUGGCUGUUGGAUUAUGGCUACGUCUUGACCCUGUUACUCAGCAAUAUGUGAAUUCUGUGGAGGGAUUAGAUCAAUACUACUAUGGCACAUAUGCAAUGAUGGGGUGUGGUGCUUUCAUGAUCCUGGUUGGGUUCCUAGGAUGUUGUGGUGCCUGCUGUGAAAGCCAGUGUCUUCUCUGCAUGUAUGUUGUUUUACUCGUCUGUUUGUUCCUCAUGGAAGUUGGUGGCGGUGUUUGGGCUUACUUCCAUAAAGAUAAGGUGAAGGAAGUUAUUACAGAGGGACUGAUGACUACAGUGAAAGAUGUCUAUGGUAAAGAAGGGUCUGGCGAAGUGGCCACUAAAGCUCUUGAUAGCCUGCAGAGUGAUCUAAAAUGCUGUGGAGCCAGUGCACCAACUGACUGGUAUAAUUCGUAUUACUCCGAUGAAGUAAGCACUUUGUCUUUAAUUUACUCGGUUCCUGACAGCUGCUGUAAAGAUGUGACUGGUUGUUCGGAGAAAUUGAUUACAGAGGUUAAGAGGAAUUAUGUUUUAAUUGCUGGUAUUGGCAUUGGUGUGGGCAUUGUACAGGUACUGGGCAUAAUAUUUGCACUAUGUAUGUGCUGUGCAUUAAGAAGAGGUGGAAGUGGCAAGGACUAUGCAUAA